AUGGAUUUUAACAACUCAAUAAUUUUUCUCCUCCUACAUUUUUUUCUGUUUUUUUCUUUGGUUAAUCAUGUUUACUCUUCAAAAACAAGUUAUCGUCAACUAGUUAAUCAAACUUUUCGACAAGAAGAAUAUUUUCAGAAAUUGAGAAAGACGAAAGGAAUUAAUCUUCAGCCGAUCAACAAACAUGCUGUUAAGACAAUUCGAAGUCCCGAUGGUGAUAUCAUCGACUGUAUUAUGAUUCAUAAACAACCUGCUUUUGAUCAUCCUUUAUUGAAAGGACAUAAAUUAUUGGAUCCUCCAGAAAUACCAAACGGACAUAAUGAAACUAGUAUUUUAAAUGACAAUUUUCAAUUGUGGAGUUUAUCUGGUGAAUCAUGUCCUGACAAAACAAUUCCAAUUUUAAGAAACAAACAGGAUGAUAUCAUAUCAAGACCUAACACUCAUAAUAUAUUUGAAAGAGAAUCAAUUAAUAGAGAUGAAAGAACCAGACACGAGUAUGUAAUUGCCAGAGUGAAUGAGGGUGAGUACUACGGAGGAAAGGCUAUCUUUAACGUGUGGGCCCCCCAUGUAGAACAGAAUGAAUUUAGUGUAGCUCAAAUGUGGGUCGCCUCAGGGAAUGAAGAAAACCUCAACACCAUUGAAGUUGGUUGGCAGGUGUAUCCAGGACUCUAUAGGGACAACCUCCCUAAGUUAUUUAUAUAUUGGACGGCUGAUACAUAUAAAAAAACUGGAUGCUACAAUUUAAAAUGUCCGGGCUUUGUUCAAAUUAACAAGAAAAUUCUACUUGGAGGAACACUUACUAAAAUUUCUACAUAUAAUGGAAAACAAUUUAUUUUUACCGCAAUGGUCUGGAAGGAUCCAAAGACUAAGAAUUGGUGGCUUAGGAUUGGAUAUGAUGUAAUUGGGUACUGGCCAUCCUCCUUGUUUCCACUCUUACAGAAUCAUGCAAAUACUGUUUAUUUUGGUGGAGAAAUAGUGGAUAAUGGGCCAAUAGGGACUCACACUACCACUCAAAUGGGUAGUGGACAUUUUGCCAACGAAGGUUUUCGAAAAGCUGCAUACAUUAGAAAGCUACAAGUUGUGGAUUUUAACAACUACUUGAAUCCAAUACCGAAUCCACAAUUUGACUCAAGACAACAAGAUUGUUAUGAUAUAAAACAUGGGAUUAACAAAUUAUGGGGCAAUUACAUUUACUAUGGUGGACCUGGCCGAAAUGGUAAAUGUAUCUAA